CACAGUGUCCUCUUUGAAGUGUUUUCUUCCUCUGCAUCUUCAUCAACCCCUUCUUUCCCUCUCACCUUCUCUUCCAUUUCAGUUCCCUUAGAACGACCCGAGAAAUGGAGGGAAAAGGAGGGCGGUUGAGCGACUUCAUGCAGAGGGCGAGGCCGUAUAUUGCGAUGGUGUCACUGCAGUUCGGGUAUGCAGGCAUGAACAUCAUCACCAAGGUCUCCCUCAACCGUGGCAUGAGCCACUACGUCCUCGUCGUCUACCGCCAUGCCUUUGCCACCGUCGUCAUCGCCCCGUUCGCCCUCAUCCUCGAGAGGAAGGUGAGGCCGAAGAUGACAUUCGCCGUGUUCAUGCAAAUCUUUAUGCUGGGACUGCUUGGGCCGGUGAUAGAUCAGAACCUGUACUACGCGGGUCUGAAAUUCACGUCCCCAACCUUCUCAUGCGCCAUGAGCAACAUGCUCCCCGCAAUGACAUUCGUCAUGGCGGUUAUCUGCAGGAUGGAAAAGGUGGAUAUGAAGAAAGUGAGGUGCGUGGCGAAGGUGGCAGGGACAGUUGUGACGGUGGGCGGCGCCAUGCUGAUGACUCUGUACAAGGGAAAUGUCCUCAACUUCCCGUGGUCAGAGCACAUCCACGGCCAUGCUUCGAACAGCUCUGAGGCGCCACAAUCCGCCGACAAGGAUUGGGCCAAGGGCUCCAUCUUCCUCAUCAUCGCCACCCUCGCUUGGGCCGCUUUCUUCAUUCUCCAGGCAGUGACCUUGAAGAGAUACACAGCACAUCUUUCACUGACGACCUUGGUGGUGUUCAUGGGCACUCUUCAGUCCAUUGCUGUGACGUUUGUGAUGGAGCACAAGGCUUCCGUUUGGUCCAUUGGCUUUGACAUGAACCUUCUCGCCGCCGCCUAUGCUGGGAUAGUGUCAUCGAGCAUCGCAUACUACGUUCAAGGGUUGGUCAUGAAGAAAAGAGGCCCAGUCUUCGUCACCGCCUUCAGCCCCCUGAUGAUGAUCAUUGUGGCCAUCAUGGGCUCCUUCAUCCUCGCCGAAAAAAUCUAUCUCGGAGGGGUUCUUGGUUCUGUCCUGAUCGUGGCCGGGCUCUACUCGGUGUUGUGGGGCAAGUACAAGGAGUUCCAGGAGAAGGAGGCAGAGGAAAUCCCUGAGCCAGUCAAAGACCAUCAAAACUGCCACACACUCGACAUCGAAGCCGCUAACAACGACGACCUUGAGAUGCAGAACCGCGGCUUCCAGGAGACAAUGGCGCCGGUGACCGUGACCGGCCCGAUCAUCCAGCCUCCCAUGGUCGCCGUGAAGGCCCCGAGGCCCAACUGAUCUCCCACACUUUGACAUUGAGAGAAAACUUGAGAGUUUAGUAAUGAAUGAGAAUAAGAGGAGGGAAGAGGGAGGGGCUUCUGUGCUUUCAGUUUUCGCUCUUCUUCGAUUUUUCACUCUUUGAAAUUUUCUUUUUUAUUUUUUGAGAUGACUGACUAGCGGCCUUUGGUUCUCUGUAACACUAUGGUUGAACACGAAAAUUUGAGAAUGCAAACUCCAUUUUGUUUAA